CAAAGAUGGCGUCGUUUCUGUCAACUCAAGUAGUAUUUUAGGAUCCUAGUAAAACUAUAUAAACAAGCCAGUGAUAAAAUUUACUCAUCAGAGGAUGAAGGCAGAAUUUUCAAAAAUACUUGUUAAUUUCGCCUGAAUGAAGGUUGUUUGAAAGGAUCGAUGUGUGCAGAUCUCUCAACUUCCAUGGAAUGGCGACUGGAGGCAUUCGAAAGCAGACCGUCAUUAUGGAAAUUUAUCGAGGAAUACGUUCCUGAAAGUGAGCGAAUCGAGAUCAAAGAAGCUUUGGGAGAAGAUCUAGUGGAUGAGACCUUGGAUUUACACAAUGAGGCCUCCACCCUUCUUGAAAUCUGGCAAGAUUACAGGGAAGAAACAGAGAAAGAAGAGAGAGAGAAAGCCCUUCAAAGACAUUUACAUAGACUUCCUGAGCCUCCAAUGAUAAGAGAAAAUCUCAAGAAAGAGAUUAAAAUGUUUGUGGAAAUGUUGCAGCAGAAAGCAAAAGAGGAAGGAAGGAAUACAUCAAACAUUUUGAGUGAGAAGGAGUCUGAUAUAAUCGAAUAUGUGUUUGACAAUACAGCUGCUCGACCCUCCAGCUCAUCAAGUCGACCAUCCACUGCUCAUUCAUCCAGAGAUGGACGACAAACCCCGAUGAGGGCAACACCCAGUAGUGAUGGUAGCAGGUGUGCUUCCUCUCUUAGCGAUCAUCUUGAGUCCAUGAAUGACAAGCUGAAUGCACUGGAAAUUGAUAGAAUUACCCAUCAUUUAAGGCAGUUAUUAGAAGAAGAGAAAGAAGGUCUCCUUGGAGACAUAGCAUUUUUGCAGGAUUGCCUGAUGGAGGAAUCAGACUAUAGAGGCCAGGUUACAUCGCCGAAUGAACCAGAGCCGUCGUUGAGAGAUUUGCGUGAUUUGGGAACGAAACUUGAGAAGGAACUUCUCAACAACGUUUCAGCAGUUGCAAGACAACCGCAACGAAGAUUGUCUGACUCCAAGAGACAAUCUUUAUUAGAAGAAAAACCACAAAGAAGACGCGAAUCGACUGAGGCAGAGCCUCAUCCCAUACCCAGACCUCCCCCUUCUUCACAUGACCGACGUUACCAUGGCACGGUACCCAACCGCGUACUUACAAGCAAAAGCUCUGAGAUCAGCGGUGUUCCUCGCGGACAGUUUUCUCCUUCUCCACCAACAUCGGCGAAUCAAAAGAGACUGACGCCCUCUCCACCUACUUCGGCGAAAACUGUUCGGCCAGGUUCGGCUGCGCGGUUUCGGAAAAUGGUCGUUGAUUGUCGCGACAGUGGAAGAUAAGAUGUUGUUCAGGAACUGUGCGAAUCGAGGUUUAUGGCAGAUUUGGCAAUUUUUUUGCCUUUUUUCUGAUCACGAAUUAUCGUCGACGAGUCGUGUGCUUUUUGUUCCAAAUCCAUUUGGACUUAACUUGCGUGUUAAGUUUGGAAAAUUUAUAUUCCACGAGUGUUUGUCUAGGAAGGUGCCUCCUUCGGGUCGCGUCUUGACUGCUUCCAGACCAAUGUCAAGCGUUUCUUUAUAAGGAAUUGAAAAGACACCCACUUAAUGUUGUGCAUAAAGUGGGUGCGUAUUAUUAUGUAUUAAAUGUCGCACCUACAAGAAAAUUAAGUGUCGCACCUACAAAAAAACCACAAAACAACAACAAACAAACAACUGAAAAAGGCACUUUCUCAUGAUUGGUUUGUUUUUAUUUUCCAUCAAAAAUUAAAGAAUCCGUUAGGGGUUCCCUGAAGUUCCCUGAUCGCAUGCAGAUCAAGGUGAAUAAUUUCUUUUGGAAAAAAAUUAGAAACUAAAAAGAAAGAAUGUUAUUUAUUUUGCUUUUAACUUGGUA